AUGGCAGAUGGUAGGGUGCGUUUGGCUGCUGGAUUGAUGGGGAAUGCGGCUUCUCUGUUACUUUAUGCUGCCCCAAUAUUAACUUUUUACAGGGUUAUAAGAAAGAGAAGCACUGAGGAGUUCUCAUGCGUCCCUUACAUCAUUGCUCUCUGGAAUUGCUUCCUAUACACUUGGUAUGGCUUGCCUGUUGUGAGCUGCGGAUGGGAAAAUUUUUCUCUCGUCACCAUUAAUGGCCUCGGGAUCCUUCUCGAGCUCUCUUUCAUUAUCAUAUAUUUUUGGUUUGCUUCAGCUGGAGGAAAGGCAAGCUAUAUAUAA